UCAGUUCGAACCUGGGUCGAAUCAUGUUUUGCCCGCCCCACCAACUCAGUUCCCGUUACGCUCCUGAUAUCCUUGUCUUACGUCUUAUUGGCCCUGUACAACGUCUCAAAACAUCUCAUACGUUGUACUAUUUCCUCUCUGUUCCAUUCGCAAUGUCUGGUUGGCACCCUGCAAUCCAACCUCGUGCACCUCUUGCCAACCUUGCUACGGCACGCUGUCGCCCCACCAGUUGAUGUCACCCGAUCACCUUCCCCGUUCUUGUUCCUGAAGCUCAGCUCCUGGCAAGGCGCACGAUGCUCUGCAGCCACAGCAUCGGGAACGGCACAUGCACCGAUCGGGUCGACUCUAGAGGGUGGCGGACCAGGGACCCCGCACACGCUUUCAAACCGCCGCCUCAUCGUUCGCGGAACGCCCGACAACGCAGACACACACGGACACUGGCUGGAGCCCAGUCGUUGGUCACACGGACAGCACAGGAAGCAGGCAUACGACCGCGCCGGUCGCUUCGUUGCGCGAUACGUACGGGCUGCACGACGCCGACGGUCUGGAUGGGAGGCCAUAGCAGAGGGGAAGGCGCGGAGCAUCCAGGCUGGGAGGAAGCUGGGGGAGGUCUCUGAGAUGGGCAGCUUCGGCGCAUAAGCGCCCGCGAAGACUCAGAGAUUUCGGCUGGGGGGGGGUUCUUCUGGCGUUGAUCGCUCCCUUGCUCGUAUCUGGAGGGACGCUGGAGGCCUUCAUUCAUCGCCCGUGAAGGACACUCUCCGACGAUGAUGCCUCGACUAUUUCUCGCACUCUUUCCGAGAUUGCCCAACUCAGUAUCGCGGACGCUGAUGCUAUGGGGCGAAUAUGCGCGAGCUUUAUUUCACACUGGUUCAGUUCGCGACCACAGAGGAUGGUGUUAUGCCCCGCCGUCCGAUAGAAGCUAUCCUGGACUCCUGGGUCACUUUCCAGUGGACUGGGAAUAAAGACUUUUGUGCGUCCAGCGUGUAAAGUAUUCUACAGCGGGGAGCCAUGCCCUGUAUGCGUAUGUACCUGCAGCCACACAUCUCGCGUGAGUCACCUGCGGAAGCCCCUCCGCAUGAUGACAGCGCGUCAACUACAGGGAAAUCUUCCGCAGGAACGACGCGAUUGUCUUGGUCGCCUCACCCUGCUCUGUCCAGGCAAGCCUAAACUGGGUCGCAAGCUUGCGCGCGUUUUCCCAUUUCCGCAAGCCCUCUCCCUCUCUCGCGGCGGCCAAAACGCGCGCAAACUCUUCCUUGACCGCGCCGGAAGGCUGCUGGCCGGAAUACAUAGGGCGCAUCCCGUUCUCACCCGAUCGGAUCUCGAUGAGGUGGAAGGCGACGUCGAGAACCUGCGAGAGCAGGACUGCGGCCGUGGGCUGGUCUCCGUCAAACGGCCACACGAUCAUCGGCACCCCAGCUGAGAGCGACUCGGUGAUCCCGCCGUGGCCGCCGUGUGUGACAAACCAUCCUGUUGCCUGGGCACUCGUAAGGCGAUGAAAUAUACGGAGAGAUCCGGCUCACUGACUGCGUGCGUGAGGAUCAAUUGUUGGGGGCACCAAGCAGUCGACAUUCCAAGCGGCGAGGCAGCGAUUCUCUCCGUUAGCGAGUGUGGAACUCGCGCUGCGAAGGAUGCAUGCGCCAAGAUCUGCUUUCUGUCAACACCUUGAUAUCAGGACUCUCGCGACUCUCGAUGCACGUACAAAGUGGAAAUUCAUCUCAAUCAAUGUAUCCACUAGCUGUUCGAGAUGAGCAGUAUCUCGCGGCCAAAAGAGGGUUCCGAAUGAGAUCUGCAUCCCAUAUCAAGCACAGCAACCGAGCAAGCAACCAUGAUCUGCCUACCAGGACGACUGAACGAGGGCCGGAGGUAGCCAGAGCAUUAUCCAGGAAAUUCUCGCAGUCAGCAUCUCGGCCGUGUGUCGCCGGGAGAAGAGGUCCCACUGGGAAGAGCGGUUUUUCCAGGGAGGAGACUACCCAGGAUUCUAGAGCAUCUAGAGUCUCGGAACCGUAUGCCCGACAAGUAUUUAUCAGCACACCGUCGCAACGCGUAAACAUUCUGAAGAGCAAUGAGACCGAGGCCGUAGAGAGAUGAGAGGCACACAUACUCGUGGCCAGCCCUUACUAUGGGGGCCAUGGGUAUAUCCCAGGGUAGCUAAAAGAGGUUUUUUUUGAGUUUCGGUGCACGAGAAUGAAGAUCUGUAGACAUACCGUCUGCGGGAAAAACUCAUAAUCAUACAUCGGAGGAAUACCGGGCAGGCGAAUGACCGAACCAUCUGUAUGUUUGAAGAUCUGGCGAGAUUGAAAGACUGAGCCUAGAUCAAUUGCCACCGAGAGAUAGGUGCAGCACGUACCUGAUCUCCAAUCUCCGCUGUCGAUUUACCCGUCCGCAAAGCCUCCGCAUCUGUCCUCGCGCCAAAAUCGCCCAACCCACCAAUUUCCUCAGGCCCGAAUAGGCGAACCAGAGCAGCGGUGCUGCACGACGCCAGUGUGAAAAUCGGGACGCAGGGUCCACUGAUGGUGCGUGUCUGAUGCAGUUGCAUGACCGAGAAAAACUGUCAGGAGGCAUUAGGUACAUACAGCGGCUAGACACACGC